AUGGGUUCCCUUCCGCACGUAGUUGAGGACUGCAUGGGGUUCCUUCAACUCUAUAGCGAUGGCUCCGUUAUCCGCUCCAACAACAUAGACUUCCCAGUUUCCGCCAUUGAAGAUCAAUCCACCGUAACCUUCAAGGACAUUCUCUUCGACAAGAGAUUCAACCUUUUUCUUCGCCUCUACAAGCCCCAACACUCUUCCAACAACGACAACAACAAGAAGCUCCCUGUGGUGAUGUUUUUCCACGGUGGAGGAUUCUGUUUCGGAUCACGCACGUGGCCCCAUAUUCACAACUGUUGCGUGCGCCUCGCCUCUGGACUCCAAGCGGUGGUGGUCGCGCCGGACUACCGCCUGGCACCGGAGAACCGGCUUCCGGCGGCGGUUGACGACGCCGUGGAGGCCGUGAGGUGGCUGCAACGGCAGGGUUUGUGCUUGAAGGAAGACGGUAUUGGUGGGGACACGUGGUUGAAUGAUGACGUUGACUUUGACCGAGUUUUUAUCGUGGGUGACUCAUCUGGCGGGAACAUUGCGCACCAACUCGCGGUUCGGUUGGGAUCCGGUUCAAGGGAGAUGGACCCGGUUCGGAUACGAGGUUACGUUCUGUUGGCGCCGUUUUUCGGCGGGGAGGUUCGAACCAAGUCCGAGGAAGGUCCACCGGAACAAAUGCUGAACCUUGAGUUACUCGACAGAUUUUGGAGGAUGUCGAUGCCAGUUGGAGAGACCAGAGACCACCCAUUGGCGAAUCCAUUCGGACCUGGCAGCCCAAAUCUUGGAGAAGUGAAGCUUGACCCUAUUUUGGUGAUUGUAGGUGGCAAUGAAUUGCUUAAGGAUAGGGCAGCAGACUAUGCAUCAAGGUUAAAAGAACUAGGGAAGGACAUUGAAUAUGUUGAGUUUGAGGGGAACCAACAUGGAUUUUUCACACAUGAUUCAUACUCACAAGUUGCAGAAGAGGUCAUCCUAAUCCUUAAACGAUUCAUGCUUAAGACUACUUCUUGUUAA